AGUGUGUAUUCAUUCAUGUCAAUGAUUUGGAAGUUUAAAUCCAGUUCUGAUUAUGGCUCACCUGUUUUCAAAAGAAGACCUAGAUGAACAGUUUGAACAGUUUCUGCGAGAGUCUCUUUCAGAUGAUUCAAUUGGAAAUGAACCAAAGAAAAAAUCCAGUGUUCUGGAAACUAUUGGACAAGCCAGGAAUAAACAACCGAAGAAGCAUCAUGUGCCAUGGUGGAUAUCUGAAGACGAUUCAGAUGAUGAUCGUAAGGCAAGGUUUAUCAAACAGGGGAAUGAGAAGAAAAGAGUGGGGGAGAAAAAUGAAAUGAUUGAAGAUGGUGAAAAGAAGAUACCACCUUCAGAUAACCAGUCUGUUAAAGUAGUUACUCCUAAACCUUUUUCAAGCGCAUCCCGUAGCAAAGCCCUGGCCAAAUUCAGUAUGCUGGAAAAAUCCCUCGAAGCAAAGAAAAGUGUACAUUUAAACAAAGAAGAAAUUCCUGCUACUGAUGACCAUUCUGAGGGCAUACGUGGCACAAGUGGAAGUUUCCUGAAGUCACGAAGGCUUUCCCAUCCUAUUGUGGAAGUUGAUGAAAAUAAUGCAGAAAGCACUCAGCCCCUGCAAGCGAGCGGCAUUUCUGUUUCUUUGAGCAGAGAUAGCCUGGAAAUGAAUGAUUCAGUUGUGGCUUCAGGUCCUAAUGAGAAUUUUUUGGGCGUUGGAUUGGAUACUUUGGAGGAAGAAGAAGAAAAGGAGAGGUUCUUCGCCAGUCUUGAGAAAGGGGUAUCAUCUACCAUUGACUACUCCAAAUUAAAUAAGGAGCUGGACUCCAAUGAUUCUGAAGUAUUACAGGUGCUUCUACGAGAUCAUCCAGGUGUGAAAGAUGGGGAAGAAGAAAAUGAAGGUGAACAGAAGAAUCAUGAAAAAUCUGGUGAUUAUAGUGAGGAUUUUGAAGACUCCGAAUCCAGAGAAGACAGUAAAGUUGAACAAGCUGUCACAUCAGAAGCAAAUGAGGAAAAGACUGGCAUGCUGGCUAAAGUUGUCCUCCUUGAUUCCCAGGACUCAACCGUGGAGGCUCAAAAGGUCAGUGAACAGCAGGAUCUAGCUGGGAUAGAACAUCCCCUACCUCAAGACGUUGCAGCAGAUGAAACGAAUGGAACAGGUGUUUCUGGUGGGCGAACUAAUAGUGAUAUUGAAGCUUUGCAUCAGGCCUAUUGCCAUAUUGAACACUCUUUAGGAGAUACAGACGAGCAAAGGAUUCACGUUGGUACAAUGGAAGUGGCACAGGGCUCCACCAAAGACGCUUCACAAAACAAAGGAGAAGAACGUCCCAGGAAUACCUCUGCUACUGAUUCUGAUCUGCCUACCAUAGAAGAACUGAUGAAACCUUUCAGAGCAGAUUCAUCUUUUGCCAGGGGCUAUCACCUAGAGCCUUCAAGUUCUGUGCAAGUUGCACAGAGUGUGGAUGAACUGAUGUCCCAUUUACCUUUGAAAGAGCAUCAGAACGAUUCUUCUCCGGAAAAGCAAUAUGUUAGCUAUCCAUUGGGGCAACGUAAUAUACGAGAGGAUGUUUCUGUUCAGACAUGUGAAACAGAAAGUAGUUUUCAUCACAAGGCUAGUAAAGACCAUCAACCUGAAAAGACUGAACAUGAUCCCUUGGGACAAAACGUUCUACAAAACUCUUCAGUUGUGCAUCAAGAUACCAAAAUUAACCAGGUACAUCCUCUAAAUAAAGAGAAUCUGGAAUCCGUGAUGAAUAAACCAGAAAUGCACAAAAAUAUGAAAACCACAAGCACUAUGCAGAAAAAGAAAUCUCUGAGUGGAGCCUAUAACUUUGUUAGGAGUUCUGGCUAUGGCAGAUCCAGUUCUCCAUCAAAGCACCUUCCCACAGUUAAUGAAAAGAAGGUGUUAAAUGAAGACACCAAAAAGCCAGCUUUGAAAGCCAAAUGUUAUGCAAGGCCAAAAGACAAAGAAACACUUUCUGGAACUAAGAUAAUACAAACAAACAAACCAGUUCCUGCAAAGAGAAAUCACCUUCCUACAACUGGGCACUCCUGUGCAAGUGGUCCUCAACAACAAGAUAAAGAAAAGGACUGUUCUCUGCAGAGCUGCCAUGCUUCUUCUUAUUCUCCUUCCCGAAAUAGUGGAAGGGAGCUUUAUUUAUUCAGAAGAGUUCAGGAAGUAGAGGAAAAAUUGGCUGCAGCCCAGGAUUUAAUUCAUCAUCUAAAAGUCACAUCUUUGCAAAAGGAGAAGGAAAUGGAGGCAAAAAUAAAGGAAAUGGAAAUGCAACAUGAAAGACAUUGUUGUCAGCUAAACCAAGAGAAGUAUGUUCUUCAAACACAGCUAAAUAAUAGAGAGGACCUGAACAAAGGAGUGAAAUGGACAGACAUUUUGGAAAGAAUUCCUGAUGGUGGAGAAAUGUUGAAAGAAAUCCAAAAAGAAAUUCAAAAUCAAGAGAUUCUUCUUCAAGGUUAUCAACAGGAAAAUGAAAGAUUAUACCAGCAAGUGAAAGAGUUGCAGAUAAAUAACAAGAAAAAUGAGGAAAACAUGUUUAAAGAAAAUCAGUGUUUGAUGACUGAACUGGCAACCUUAAGAGAGCAAGUGGAUAGAAAUAAUCUUUUAUCUCGCGGAGUGCAGAACUCUGAACCAGCUGGCAAUCAGAGCUUCACAGAUUUGAUUUCAGAACUUCGAGCAGCUAAGGCAAUAGAGACCAGUUUGCUUGAAGAAAGAAAGAGGCUGAAGCAAGACAAACAAGCCCUUGAAGUAGAUUUGGAACAAGUGAAGAAAGAGCGAGAUUUGGCAAGAGCCCAAAUUGCUUCUACUUCAGAUGCAAAAUCAUAUGAGAUGAAGAAUAUGGAAGAAUCCUACAAAGAGGAAAUUGGACGUUUACAUAAAAGGCUUCAGUGGUAUGCAGAAAAUCAGGAGCUGCUGGACAAAGACGCAGCUUGUCUAAGAGGAGCAAAAACAGAAAUUGAUAAACUGAAACAAGAGGUUGAAAAGCUCAGAAGCGAAGCUGGAAGUCAGUCAGCACAACAAAGGAAACGACUGAAGGACAGGACAGGAGAUGCCAAACGAAUUCAAGACCUUGAGCGACAGGUUAAGGAAAUGGAAGGGAUUAUAAAAAGGAGGCAUCCGAAUUCUUUGCCAGCUUUGAUCUACGCUGCUGCCACAGCCAGUUCUGAUGGAGGUGGUGAUGCUUCAUCAAAAACCAACACCGUUGAUUUUCUUGAAAGAAGAGUUAAAAAGUUAGAAGCAGAACUUGAGGAUAAAGAUGAUGAUGCUAAGAAAAGUCUCCGAGCUAUGGAACAGCAGUUUCAAAAAAUAAAGCAUCAGUACGAGAAAAGGGUCAGUGAGCUUGAACAGCUCCUGGCGUAUAAGCUGCUGAAUGACCCUCAGAAGCUCCAAGACAAGGCAGUCAGCCUAGCGGCACUUGAGGAAGAACUCUGUAGUGUGAACGAGGCCCACCAGACCACAGUGAAAAACCUUCAAGCAGAAAUCGAUUCCCUUAGAAAUCAGAUUGCUCAGCUAGAGCUUCAGCAGAAAGUGACGGAGGAUGCAGAUAUACAGUCACUCGAAUUCCAGGUGGAGCAGGCUCACGCGAAGGCCAAGUUGGUGAGGCUAAAUCAAGACCUGGUUGCUAAAAACAGAGAGAUACAAGAUCUCACAAAAACUGUAGAGAGACUUCAGAAGGAAAGGAAGUUGAUGCUCUCCAGUAAGGAUUCAGGUGGCCAAACUGACAGUAAAGAAAGGCCUUCAGGAAACGUGAAAAAAGUGAUUUUUGACUCAAAGAACACCGGAAACAAAGAGUUCUUCCCUGGCACUCUUGAUGAUAAGAUAUACCAGCCCAGUGCCUUUGCUGAUUCUCAUAUCUCAGAAGUCCUGCAAGAAAACGCCCAGCUGAAAAACAAGCUAGAAAAAUUGACCUUGGAACUAAACCAGCAAAGGGUAAAACCUCAAGCAGGACUAGCUAAUUCUGAAAGUAUCAUCUGGAGGACAAAAGAAGACUCAGAAGAGUACAUUGCAGCCCUUAAAGCAUCACAUCAGAAAGAGGUAGAGAAGAUUCUUCAUCAGCAUGCUGUGGAGCACUCUACUUCCAAAGUAGCUCAGUUAAACAGUAAAAUUUCAACGCAGGAGGUUUUGAUAAAACAUCUUCAGGAGCAACUGCACAAGUUGCGGAGAGAUCAAGAAGCCCUUACAGUUUCACAGAUGCGAGAGGAAAUUCUUCAAAAAGAAAUGGGGAAAUUGUUAGAAGAACUCAGAGAAGCUAAAGAGAGCCAGAGACCAGAAAUGAAACACUUUGUGUGCCUGGAAAGGAAGAUCAAACAGAUGGAAGCCAGAUAUGAACAAAGAGAACAAGAACUGCAGAAGGUAAUACAGCACACUCGACAUAUUGCAGAAGUGGAACAAGCCCAGGAAACUGAGAAAUGGAGGAAGCUCGCCCUGCUGAAAAAUCAAGAGCUGGAGAAAUUCCGCAUAGAACUGGAUUCCAUGUUGGAUGUUCUGCGGCAACUGCAGAAGCAAGGUGUCAUAAUUCCUGCGGGAGGCUCAAACAUAUCUGAAAGUUAUUGGAAGAUAUGAAGCAUACA